AAGCAGGGUUCAUGAAUAAAUCAUCUAUUUAUUUAGUAAAGAAGAGUGCAUGUCUAAAGGAAAAAAACUAAGCAGAGCAAGGUACCAAGAUGCUGCUUCCUCAUGGGCAAAGAGGACACCACCAACUGGAGCAAGAAAGGCAGCAGCAGCUCCACAGGUGAUCAAGUCCCUCCUCUCCUUUCCCAAUCAUUUAUGAAAUACCUUCGCCGUUUCCAAGUCAAGUGGUACUUAAAGAACCCCCAUGCCCAAGAAGCCAUCGCAAGCACCUGUAUGAACCAUCAGCCAACGUGUAUACUGAAUGUCAUUGACUUUGGAAGGGUUCUCACCACUUAAAAGCCUUUGCUUUGCUUGCAUUGCAUUAUACACAAACAAAAUUUGACCUUUUUUGGUUGAAAAUUUCCCUUUUUUGCUUGCUUGCUUGCUUCAAACAAGUUCCCUUCAAUAGUACAAUGCUUCCCAGUCAAUCAUUUGAGUUCCAAGUCGGUAAGCAACUAAAGCCAUUGUCUCGUA